AUGGGUAGCGACAACGUUAACCUCACCGUUUCAGAGAGCACCAACAACAUUGUGUGGAUGCCUCUGUCGGUAUCAACAUCCAACAGUUCCAUAGAUUUGGAAGCUUUUGAUCUGGACGAGGCUCUCGGCCUCGCGGUGGUAGACGGAGAGUCACGCCGUCCAUUUAUGGCGUGGGAGAGCUUCGUCUCCAACUUGCCUACCGUUAACCACGUGAAACGGGACGACGUUUGCUCCGUUUGCAUGGAAGGGUUCACCCUGCGCAACACGGAUGAGGAAAACAAACGAGUCCCGUGCGGCCACGUGUACCAUUCAAAUUGCAUCACCCUCUGGUUGGAGCACUGCAACUCUUGCCCACUAUGUCGCCGCCAUAUCACCUUUUUCUAA